CCCAAAGACCAUUUUGUGCUAGAGUGAGAGAGCCGUGUGGGUUUUCUAGGGUUAGGGUUUCAAGGGUUUGAGAGAGAAAUUUCAGAGAGUCCAAGAUGGGUGAGAGACUGAGUGGUACCGUCAAGUGGUUCAAUGACCAGAAGGGGUUCGGCUUUAUCACCCCCAACGAUGGCGGCGACGAUCUGUUCGUCCACCAGUCCUCGAUCCGAACGGAAGGGUUUAGGACCCUCGGCGAUGGCGAGUCGGUUGAGUUCCAGAUCGAAUCUGACAGCGAUGGCCGCACCAAGGCCGUUGAUGUGACUGGACCGGGGGAGGGUCCCGUUCAGGGAAGCCGUGGUGGUGGCGGUGGUGGUGGUAGAGGCCGAGGUGGCGGCGGUGGGGGUUAUGGGUUUAACGGUGGAGGUGGUAGAGGCGGAGGCGGUAGAGGUGGGAGAGGAGGCGGUGGCUAUGGAGGUGGUGGAUACGGCGGUGGCGGUGGUGGAUAUGGCGGUGGCGGUGGAUAUGGCGGAGGAGGCGGUGGUGGCGCCUGUUUCAAGUGCGGCGAGUCUGGGCAUAUGGCUAGGGACUGCGAGCAGGGCGGAUCCGGCGGCGGUUAUGGCGGUGGAGGCGGCUAUUCAGGUGGUGGUCGCGGAGGCGGUGGUGGUUCUUCCGGUGGCUGCUACGGGUGCGGUGAGUCUGGCCAUUUCGCAAGGGAGUGCCCUAACAGGUCUUAGAUCUGUCAUUUCACCCUUAGUGUCUCUGCUGCUGCCGUUUCUGGGUUUUGUCGUUUAAUUAAGUCGGGUUUUUUUCUAAGAAAUGUUGACUCAUUUUCAGUAUGAGGAUUGUCGGUUUUGUGGGUCAUCUGGUUCUUUCAUUCCAUGGAAACAUGAAUUGAUGGCUUUUGAUGUAGUAAUUUUUUUUUCUUUCUUAUUUUUAAGAUUUUAGUAGUGAGGAUUUGGUGUUUUGGCAGAAUAUGUGGCUUUAUGUUUUAGUGGUUGGACUAUGAUUCAUACACAUUAAUAUACUCUGCUCCUCUGUUUAUUGUGUUC